GUAUAACCUUUGCGAAAAUCCUUUAAAGCAAUUUCAAAAAGCCGUUGAUUGUGCGUGAAGUGCGUGAAAUAGAGUGAAAGUAAGCAAUGGAUGUUACGAAAAUGGAUAAAGGAUUGCAAGUUACAAAACUAAUAACGUGCGAUGUUCUGCUGCUGCUGCUGCUCAUAAGUAUUGUGAGCCCCUCGCAUAGUAGCAACAGCUUUGGAUUUGACUCGGCCAAUUCUUGCAGCCCGAACAGUAAGGUAUCGCGGCGUGGGCGUGCCCAGAUGCUUGCGGCAAUACCAUGCGACUUGGCCAAACAACCGUUCUGUCAUCUGCCGGGCUCAAUUUAUCCGUGGCAUGCCGUCCGCCGGUUUGUGCACGAGAAUCAGGGUCUGAUGAAGCGCAUGUAUGGGGAUGUACGGCACAUUUCCAUAUUACGUGAUGAGAUUCAGAAUAAUGAGGUGGUCGAUAUGGACAGCAUGGACGAGGCAGCCCAGCGCUACUCCAAGAUGCCGCGUGGGGCCAAAUAUAUGUUGCAUGGCAGAGAUACGGAUCGAGAUGAGUUCAGCAACUACAAGGGCAACGAUGUGCUUAUGGAGCCACAUUUCCGGCCAGUGUCCACAGUCAGUCCGACGACAACAACGACAGCGACGACCCCAUCGACACCAACCACAACAAGUUUCUCCUCGACUGAACCGACAGUAGCUGCAGUUGUGCCUCUGGGUGAUGAGCAGCCCAGUGUCGAAUCGAACAGUGUCUACGAGCUGGCCAACACCACUGGAGCAAGUGCAACCACGACAACUACAGCGCGGCCAGAACAAACGAUCCCAGAAGAACUUACACAUGACAGCAUGAAUAAUAUUGACAACUUACAGUUGGAAGUCGAUCAGGGCCUACGCAAUUUUAGCAUCAACCCUCUACCUGUGACACCUGCCACAGCUUUAAAAGUAACUGCGACAGCGAUGCCCAGUCAUAAGCAAAAAGUUAAUGAAAGUGCAACAACGACAAGUUCGUCUAUGGGAGCUGCAUCUGCUAACAGCACAACAACACAAAUGAAGACGACGUCAGCAACACCGACUCCAAUAGCGUCAGCAACGACUGCAACACUCAGCAGCAACCACAACAGCAACAGCAACAGCAACAGCACCAGCUUAAUCCCACGCAGAAAUGUAACUAAAACGAUAUUAGGAGCUACAACACCCGCCAACUUUGCAUCGCUCUUCUCGCCCACAUUCACGUCUUUGAUUUCGGACAAGCAGCGCAAGCCAGUGACGGGAAGUAGUACAACAUCGACACCUACUAGCUCUACAAAAUCUGGACUUCUGCGAGAGGGAGGCCAGCUGUUUCAGGAUGCCAUGAAGCAGGAACCGAUGGCUGUCACGAGCAACAUGCGUGGAGUCAAUGCGUGUCCUGUCAAGGACGAGGUGGUUGCUCCGUUUUGGGCGAAUAACACACGCGGCGAGGUUCUGGCUCUGCUAAAUCUGUACCCCUUUGAGCAGUACGUACACUGGGAGAAAUGCACCCAAGAGUUCAAGCAGAUGUUUUGCCGUGACGGCUGUCGCUGCGAGCAACAGUACCGACUACAUCGUCUGCUGGCCUACGACCCACACAACGAGUGCCGCGGCAUCUUCUCUGACUGGUUUCGCUUCCCCUCCAGCUGCAUAUGCAAGUGCUAUAAUAUACCAAUGGAUUUUCGUGCCACCUCGCGCAGUCCUCGAUCCGAUAGCAGCUUCGAUGCAACGCAGUCUCAGUCACAGUCACAGGCACUGCCUCAGCCUCAGCUAGAUCCAAUUGAUGCUGCCGAGACCGAGGUCCAGCGAGCCAUCUAUGAGCAUGCUACCGAUCAAUGGUAUCGGCCACGCGAAGAAUACGAUUUCUUUGAGGGUUAGAUACGAUACGUUGAUUCCUUCAGAAUUGCAAUCCUAUCGAAUUGCCCAUCAGAAUAAUGUCUUCGACUGAGUAUAUUGCUUUUCAACCUAGUCCCUCUAAAUGUACAGUAGUGUAACCCCAGAUAUAACUGAAAGAUGUGACUUCUUCACACGCUAGUUGAAAUAAAUGAAGCUGUAACUAACUUACGCUAAAUCUCGUUAUG